AUGUGCUGUGGCGGCGAUCCCACGGCCCCGAGGCCCACCACCCGUACACGCUCGCCUACGCCAAGUAUCAGCUCAUACACGCCAGAUCAGAAGCUACGACAAGACAACGUUAUCCGCAACAUGGGUUGGUACAAGAAGGGCUUCUCGGAAAAGAGACAGAGAUCUAUGGCGCAAAUCUUCCUCAAUGAGAUCCAAAAGGCCAAGGAUCGCGGCGAGUGGCAAUCGCAGCCCGAUACUCAAUCCUUGUGUCUGAGCUGGUUACUAUCUUUGGAGAAAUGGAUGACUUCGUCUGGCGUGAAGAUGGUCUUUUUAUGA